AUGGAACACUGGCCUCACUUCCCAUUCAUUCCCUAUCCGCCGUCCAAGGCUGGAUACUGGAGCCCGGUGACAUCGACCCUGAAUUGGUGUGAAGAGGAUUACUACGCAACGCCUUACUCCGCAGAGAUUGUGAACUCCUUGACGAAUGUGUUGUUCUUAGGGCUCGGUGUCAAAGGGGUGCUGAACGUGCGCAAACAUGGCCAUGACUCGGUGUUCCUGGUUGCGUUCCUUGGAUAUCUGCUUGUCGGAACCGGCAGCUUUCUGUUCCAUUCGACCUUGAAGUACCCAAUGCAACUGGUCGACGAACUCUCGAUGAUCUACACAACGUGUCUCAUGUGCUACGCUUCCUUUUCCUACUCGAGAUCAUCCGCCGUCAAAAAGUUCCUUGCCGUCUCCCUCACCGGACUCGCAGUCUUCAUUACACUGUAUUACCACUACUUGCAAGACCCCGUCUUCCACCAGAAUGCCUACGCGCUUCUGACCACUGUUGUCGUUUUCCGGAGCAUGUAUACCAUGGAAGUGGCGCUACGUCCGCGGUGGCGCAAGUCUCUCGAAGAGGACCGCCUACUUAAACAGAAACAGGGGCUUCCAGUACCCAGCAAGGAGAGACAGGAGUUUGAGAAUGUGCGCGAUAUGAAGACGUUGAAGACGAUGUGGUUCAUGGUGGUUUAUGGCCUGAGCAUGUUCCUCGGCGGCUUUGCUAUUUGGAGUCUGGACAAUUUCUUCUGUAGCACGCUGCGUGAAUGGAGGCAACGGGUUGGUCUGCCAUGGGGAAUAUUUCUCGAAGGUCAUGGCUGGUGGCAUCUCAUGACCGGUAUGGGCGCGUACCUCUAUAUUAUCUGGGGAAUCUGGCUACGACACGUCUUGAACAAAGAACAAGACGAGUACAUUCUCGUAUGGCCGCAUAUGUGGAGUUUUCCCGAGGUUGUUCGUCUUUCGCCCGGCCAGCAAAGCGACGCUCCAUCGAAAAAGUUCACUUGA